AUGGAAGCUAUAUCACCCAUCAAAAAGCUAUGGGGUAUGGUACGCCCCGUCUCACAUCUCCAGCACCGUAUCCGUGGUUAUAGUCCCUAUCAGCAAUGGAACCGGGGAAUAGGAGUGGCAAGUUCCGUCUUGAAGCAGACCGGAGACUUGGCCGUGGAACCUCAUCUACCCCCGCUCAACGUUCAGAAGCAGAGGGGCAAAGCCGAGUUUUACGAGGCCAUCGGUCGGAUCUGCCAGCUACGCCAAAAAUACCUGGAGAAUCGGACAGUUUUCGUGGAUGGCAGGGAGAUGGUGCCGCUCUUGAAGGCGCUUGGAGCUAGAGAUGAAGACUUCGCGACGCUUCAGGCCGUGAACAACGUCCUCAUUGACGAUCCGACUCUACCUUUCCGCAAGUCCCGCAAUGGAAGAUUCUGCUUCGACUGGAAUACCAAGUCCUUGCGACGACUUGAGUUCCAGCCCUUUGCACUGUCAUUGGAGGAAGACUUCAAACGGCAUGACUCGAACACCAUCCGUCGCUUCGAUGAAGUAGACAAUGAUUUACAGCGCAACACGGUCUUCCAAGCGCUUCUUGUAUUCAAAGGAGUCAUGUGCCAUGGGAUUACGGUGAACGAGCGUCCGAAGCUUAAUUAUCGCAGCAACCAAUGGGUGUGUACGCUGUUUGCUCUGCGCACGGUCACGACGCCAGAAAUGCUGGGAGAGCCCGCCCUGGAAGGAGUGCACACAGAUGGUGUCGACCACACCAUGACAACCUACCUACGAAGUACAAACAUGUCGUCUAACAGUGCAGUGACCUUCCUGCAUGAUAUCAAAGAAAAAACCGGCAUCCGGCUCAAUGAGACCUCACCGGAACUUAUCCAGGCCCGAGCGCAGCAUCGCAAUUUCUUGGACACCCUGUUAAUUGUCGAUAAUGAGCGUAAACACAGCAUCUCCCCGGUCUAUGCGGUCGAUGCCUCCAGAGAGGCUACUAGAGACAUGCUGAUCUUCUUCACGCGCAAGCCAGUGGUUGGAGACCAUAUUUCUUCUGAUAUUGACUCUCUUAUUCCUCACCGGGAGAAGCAACUGGAGUUUCCGAUCAUGAGCCUGUCAGAUGGAUAUGAAUUGGAAAGCGCUGAAUGA